AUGUUUUUGUUUUGUCUAGUUUUGUUGCAAUUUUUUUAUUCGUGAUUAUUUCCUCAAUAAACAGUUUGUUUAAAUUUAAGUUUAAGAUAAUACUAAACUACACUGUUAAAAGCAAACUUUUGAGUUGCAUGCGUCCUUGACUUGUCAGUUCGUUAAAAAAAAUAGAAUGACAAAAUGUCACUAACUUUUAUUCUAUUAGGCAACCAACAAUACACCGAUUUUAAAUCGUCCAGUCUGCUUUAAUGUAAUCAAGUGGUUACAAGUUACAAUAAAUCUGACGUAAGUAGUACUUUACCGAAAUUAGUUACUAAUGGAACAAAAAGCAGUAGCGUCCGCAACAGUUAGACCGCAGGAAACAAUAACAUUGAAUAACAGUAUGAAAAUACCAGUUGUGGGUUUGGGAACAUACAAGUCUGACAAAAAACAAGUCCAGCACGCUAUAAGUGAUGCCAUUGAUGCUGGGUAUCGCCACUUCGAUUGUGCUUGGCUUUAUGGCAACGAAGACGAGGUUGGACAAGCUUUACAUUCCAAAAUAGAUGGUGGAUUGGUCCAACGUGAAGAUUUAUUUAUUACAAGCAAACUAUGGAAUAAUUUUCAUGAAAAAAGUAAAGUUAUACCAAUGCUGGAGGAAAGUCUGGGCAGUUUAGGGCUGCAUUAUGUUGACUUGUACCUCAUAAACUGGCCUUUUGGGUUUAAGGAAAACGCACCCUUGUGCCCAACCAACCACCCCGAGAAAUCUUACAGUAACGUCGACUACUUGGAAACGUGGGAAGGCAUGGAAAACUGCGUCAAGCAGGGUCUGGCGAAGAGCAUCGGCGUAUCGAAUUUCAACCCACAACAAAUCACUCGCUUGCUGGACCACUGCAAAAUUAAACCUGUGGUCAACCAGGUGGAGGUCACUCCAAACUUAAACCAAAAAGAUCUGAUUAAAUUUUGUAAAGAACAUGAAAUUGUAGUCACUGGUUACGCCCCUCUGGGACGCAGCGCCCAUCACGGGACCUCCGGUGGUCCAACGCCUACGAUGUUGGACCCGAAAGUGAUACAAAUAGGCGAAAAAUACAAAAAGAGUGCAGCUCAAGUGGUCUUGAACUAUUUGGUAAUAAUUUGUUACAGGUUGUUUGUUUCACAAAGUGCUAUUGUAGGUUUCUUUGGGGAUCUCUGUGGUCCCAAGGUCUGUGCACAAGUCGCACAUUUGCGAAAAUAUCAACAUUUUCGACUUUACUUUGGCGCCCGCGGACGUCGCCUACUUGGAUUCGCUCAACAAGAACCAGAGAGUUGUUACCAUGAGCGAGUUUUCCUCGCACCCACACUACAGUUUUUGAUUGUUAAUCAAGUUCGUCCCUAUUGCUAAUAAACAAUUG